CCGGAGGGGGCGUGCAUCCCGUCUCACAGCCAUUUUUGCCCACUCAGCUACUAUAUAAACUACCACGCAAUACUAGCAGUGCUUUACAGUAAAAAAAAUUAAAUAACAAUUAAAAAACAAGUUUCUUCGCCGCUCAGGGGAGACUGAACAUAUUUCGGGAUGGAGUUCCCGGUGGAUAUAUUGGCCACUGCGGAUCCUGAAUCCCUGGAGCAAUCAGCGAAAGACUACAUGUCUAAACUUCUCUACAGAAAUUCAGAAAUACAUGAGUACCUCAGCAUACCUGGAUCCAAGAAAAUAGAGAUUGGCCUCUGUAAUGUGAGUUUUGUCCCCCUCUAUGGAGGUGACAGUAAACAGAAGGUCCUUGCACUAUUUUCACCUGAAGACCCUUUUAAAGCUGUUGGACUCUACCUGCUGGAUCAGUGGUGGUCAGCUGAAGAUAUUCUUAAAACAGCAGACUCCUCACGAACAGGACUGAUCAAGGUCAGAACCCCUGGAGAGAGGAUAGUUCUGUAUGUUCUUAACAGAAUAAUAUAUAGAACAAAAGAGAAGGCUGGAGACGAUGUGCCCUUUCUUUGUCAUGGAGAAGAUGAAAUUGCCAAAAUAUUCUGGAAAAAUGGCGAGGCCAUUGGCUUUUACUCAGUCCAACCUGAAGGGAGAUUAUGCAAUAGCUUCUUGACCCAGCGUUAUCAGCUUCCUGUCAUGGAUACCAUAUUCAUCCGGAAAUGUCACCGUGGCAAUGGACAUGGUCUCCAAAUGCUGGAGGACUUUACUGACAGCUUCAGAAAAGAUUUCAUGGGUUUGAAAUAUCCACUUUCACCAGCCAUGUACAAAGUUUGUAAAAAAUAUCUGAGCCUUUAUCCAGGUGACACAGAGCUACUGUGGGAAAUAGAGGGUGUAGGAAGCCCUUUUCAGAGAACUCAAAUAGCCAGAAGACUACAAGCAAUGGAUCUAAAAGGGGUGCAGGACACACCAGGUACAGCUCGUGGCAGAAGCAGCAAUCUGAAGCAUAUAAAACUUGGAGCAGACACAGAAGAGACAACUGAGCAAAUCAUCAGGGUAGAAGACAUUGAGCCUGAUGUUCAGUGUGUAGAAGAUGACCUGGUGCAUGGGGAUAGCAAACUUUCUUUGAAUUUGAAAGGGCCUGAACUCAAGGACACAAUGGAGACAAUGACACAUGACGUGACCCCCAUAUCAGAGAUUACUCAUCUUCACUGUGAGGAACAAAACAAAUUGACCCCUGAACCUACCUCUCAGUCAGAAACAGAAAAAGAACAGGGGUUUGAAAUAACUCCUGUUAUGGAAAUCAAAAGCCUAAAGGGCAGUGAGGAUGCACAAAUCAUGACAACUUUUGAAGCCACAAUUGUUCCAAUGGAUCUCCAACCUUUAGAACUUCAGCAGGUGGAAGAGGUUGUUAAGCUGUCAACAGAAACUGAAGAGGUAAAAGAAAAAGCUGGAGAGGCCAAAGAAAUUAAAGAUGAUGUAGAAAAAGAGCAAUGUGAGCAGGUGAAAGAGAAGGAGACAGUUGAAGAGACUGGCACGGUUCAGGAGGGUUUAUGUGAAAAAGAACAGGAAACCGAAGACCAAGAACCAAGUCCUGAUAACGAAGAGGAGAAAGUCAGUACUUUGAUUCAACAAGAGGAAACCUCAAACAUGGCAUACAGUUCAGGCUCAAAAGGGAAACAUGGUGACAAGCGAAUAUCAAAUUAUGAAACUCCAGUAAGGCAUUCUAGAAGACUCAAUGAUCAGGCUGCAGAAAGUGAACUGACAGAAAGAGUUCUCAGACGUUCUUCUAAGAAAACAUGUAAAGCCACUUCCGAACAAGUGUACACAAGAGAAACCCAAUCUUUUAAGCAACCGGAGGAAAUCAAACAAGUAGAAGAUGAGCCUAAAGAAAAAGGAUUAAUCCAGACAGAAUGUCAGGCUCAACUUGCUGAAAAAGAGCAGGUAGAGGAAAUUGCUGAAAAUAAGAAUGUGGAAGAGAAGAUCGAGUCAGUAAGCAUCAUCACUGAAGUCUGUAGUGAAAAUCUGAUUGCAACUGUUAAGGACAACGAAGAAGAAAUAAAUAUUGAAAAGAACUGUUUAGAACAACUGACUGAUGAUCAAAAUCUCAUGGAAGUGGACAACAAAAUGGAAGAUAGUUUUCAGGAUGAAAAUAAGAUGGAUGAAAAGUUGAGGAAUGAAGAACAAGACAAAGGGACAGCAGCAGCAGCAGAAGUUGGCAAGACAACCAAGGAUGGUGAGGAAAUAGGAAUUGUAGAUGUUAAUAAUGCUGAAGCCUCUGAAAUAAUGAUUGAUGGAAAAGCAUCAGAACCAUCUGCUGCAGAACACAUUGAAGAGGAAACAGCCUCAGAAACUGUUCGAGCAGAGGAUGAUAACAACACAGAAGCAGCUUUGAAACAGCAAAAAGCUGCUGUCGCUCUUUUUGAACCCACUGAAAAACAGCAAGUAGUGGCAGUGGCAGACAAUGAAAAUGUGGUGAUGGUUGAGGACAAAAUUAAAAAUAGCAAUAUUGGAGAAACAGAAGUAAGACAUGACAAGAUAGAGAUUGAGGAAAACAUUAUAUCCAAGGAUGAUGGAGUUCCAGAGCCAACUCUUACAGAUGAAAACAAGAUGGAGGAGUCUCAAGAAGAGGAACCUAUGAAAGACGAUAACAUGAUUCAAAGUGAGGAACCAAAAAUUCAUGAUAUUAAUCUUAGUCUUCAUCGUGAAGUUGGCAAGACAAAUAAGGAUGGUGAGAAAAUAGGAGUUGUUGAUGUUCAUGAUGCUGAGGAUGUAAAUGCAGCUGAAAUAGAGGUUGAAGGAAAAGAACCAGAACCAUCUGCUGCAGAAGAGCAGGAGGAGGUACCAGCCUCAGAAAUGGUGCCAGCAGACACUGUCCAGAACACUGAAGAAACCACUUCAACUUUGAAACUGCAAAAGGUUGCUGUUGUUCUUGUGGAUUUAGACAAAGAUUUCACAACACAUACAGAUGCCAGCAAAGAUGCGAAGGGAACCUCACAACCAGAAAGUACUGAUGACAGAGAGAAAAAAGAAGCAGACGGAUUAAACCAGAAAGUUGAACCCUCUAAAAAAGAGCAAGAAGUGGAAAUGAGAGAAAAUGAAAAUGUCACAGCUGAGGUUAUGGGCAAAAUUGAAAAUGGCAGCAUUGAAGAAACAGAAGAAAUGAGCAAAACUGAGGAGCGAGUUAUAACAAUGGAUAUAGACAGAGUUUCAGAGUUGACUACAGAUGAAAACAAGAUGGAGUUUCAAGAAGAGAAGGCUCUGAAAGAGACAAAGACUGUUCAAGACACACCAGAUGAGGAAAUAAAAAGUAAAGAUAUCAUUGAGUCAAGUGAAGAUGAUGAAAAGGUGAAAUCAGAUGAUCAGAUUGAACUGUCUGAAGAGGAAGAGGAUAAGACAAAUUUGGUAACCCCAUUACGGCACUCUAGAAGACCAAAGCAGCAGGCUGCAAAAAGGGAACUGACAAAAAGAGUUCUCAGAAGUUCUACAAAAGCAGCUAAAGCAAAUUCUAAGCCCAAAGCUAUAAAGCAGCAAGUUGAAACUAAGCAAGCAGUAGAUGAUCCUGAAGUUGAGCAGAUGAAAGAAGUAGUAGAGUCGCACACUGGAACUGCUGUGGAAGAGAAAAUUGAGUCAGUAAGCAUCACUACUGAAGACUGUAGUGAAAACUUGAUUUCAGCUUUAAAUAAUGAUGUUGAGGAAGAGAGAAAUGUGGAUGAAGAGCAUUUAGAAGAAAAAAGAACUGAUUAUCAAAACCUCAUGGAAGUGGAAAACAAAAUGGAAGACAGUUCACAGCAUGAAAAUAAGACGAAUACUGCUGAAAUAGAGGUUGGUGGAAAAACACCAGAACAGUCUACUGCAGAGCCUGUUGAAGAGCAGAAGGAGGAACCGGCCUCAGAAAUGGUGCCGAAAGAAGAAAUCCAGAACCCUGAAGAAACCACAGCAGCUUUGAAACUGUCAGAAGCUGCUGUUGUGCUUGUGGAUUUUAACAAAGUCUCCAUGAUAUAUACAGAUGUUAGUGAAGAUGCUAAGGGACCCUCACAGCCUCAGCAGGAGGUAGAUCUGGAACUUCAUAAGCCAGAAAGUACUGAUACAGAAUCUCAGGCUGAACACACUGAAAUAGAACAGACCGACACUGCUCAAGAAAUACCAGGUGAGGAACCAAAAAGUCUACAUGUCAUUGAGUCAAGUGAAGAUGAAGAAGGUGAGAGAUUAGAUGUUCCGUUUAAACUGGAUGAAGAGGAACAGGAAGAGGCAAGCUCAGUAACCCCAUUAAGACGCUCUAGAAGGCUCAAGGAAAGUGAACUGACAAAAAGAGUUCUCAGGAGUUCUGCAAGACUGACAAACAAAGCCACUCCACAACAAAGACACAAACAACAAAUCAAAGCCAUGAUGCUUCAAGAGGCACCUGAACAACUAGAUGAGUCUAAGAAUAAUGAGAUGAGUGUUAUAUUAGGGUCUGAGGUUGCAGUAGGAGAGCACAUGGAGUCAGAGACUGUACAUGUGUUUGCUGAAGGUGAUCUAGGAAAUAUGAUUUCAGCUGUACAGAACACCUGUGAAGAGGGAAGCAAUUUGGAAAAGGGUGACAUAGAAGCUGAUGACCACAAGAACAUUAAGAACAUAAGGGCAUCCCGUGGAAAUGAAGUAGAGGAAAAUAUAAGCAGUGAAGAUAUUACAGAACAAGACAAGAUGGCACCAGAGGAUAUAAUACAUGGAGAAGCUGAACAAAUAUGUACAUCUGGAGAGAAAUCAGCUGCAGCCAUUGAACUUUCUGAAGUUGUGAAAGAAAUUGAAGACAAAGUACAAGAACAGGGAGCAGCCACAGAAAUGGCGGAUGGAGAGGAUAGUGAGAAUGUCAUGGAUACGGCUUUGACAUUACAAGAAGCUUCUGUUGUGCUUCUGGAUGUCAAAAAAGUUCUCCCCAGUCUAACGGAUGACUGCAGUUCUGCAUUUGAAACUGCUCAGGAAGAGAGAGGUAACAAACUUGAAAUGAGCAAACAAGCAGUGGAUAUGCCUGAAGAGGUGAAGGAGGAAUUACAGACUGAAGUUGUGGAGGGAGAGAACAUACAGACAGUAAAUCCCACUGAAGGGGAUCCCUCAGAUCUGAAUACAGCUGCAAAGGACACAGCUGAGGAUGAGAAAAAUGUAGCAAUGAGUCAUUUAGAAGAUGAGACAACUGAUACCAGUAAGCUUGAGGAUGAGAAAUACAGUGAUGAAAGUAAAGUGGAGGAAGAAUCCAAAACAGAACCGGUCACUCUGCAAGAUCCAAUUUUAACCCAAGAUUCAGUUCUUGAAGAAUGUUCAGAGACAACUACACAUGUGCAGGAUAUCUUGGCUCUUCAUAAUACUGAAGGUGUUAAAGAUAAUAUUUCUGUUGAAGAACAGGAAGAGAACGUAGCCACAGAAUUGGCACCAGAAGAGGACAGGGAGAAUGUAGGCGAGUCCACGUCCAUGUUAAAACUACAUAAAGCUGCUGUGGUGCUUGUGGAUUUCCAAAGACAAACAGAUGGAAAUGAGACUGAUGGGAAUAAAAUAACACAAUCACAGGAAGUAGCAUUGCUAACCAAGGAAAAUGAAGAGAAGGCAGUGGUUGAGAUGGAUGUAACAGAACCUGUGACAGAAAGAAUAGAACAGGAAGAAGCAGUGGAACUGGGUAUGGAUAACACAAUCAUUAGAAAUGAUGAACAAGACAGGGAUAUUCUUGCAGAAGGAGUAAAAGAUGAUUUGAAAGAAGCAGAAGACACUACCUUAAAUGCAAAAUCUACUUUAACAGAAUUGGAUACAAAUAAAACUCUGAAAGAGUGUCAAGAGAGUACAGCACAUGCCCAAGGUGAUAGUGUUCAGGAAAGCAGUCAAGAUGUAGAUAUUUCAGUUUACACAAGCAGAAAUCUCAGACUUAGGACUCUACCAGUGAAGCCUACACCAGAAAGUAAGUCUAGAUGUCUCCAAGAUCUAUACAAAGAAACAAAGGUAAAUGAAAAUACAGAAGAGGAGAUCUCAGAUGAAGAAGUUGAAACUGUAUUCACAAGACAUCUCAGACGAAGAACAGUAACAGUAACACCAAGAAGAAGAGCUAAACAUCUCACAGGCACACAAGUAGAAGAGCCAGAGAUGGGCGAACAUGUGACUAAAGUUUGUCAUGAAAUAGUAGCAGUGCAAAGCAAUGAAGAGGCCAGGACUGGUGUGGAAGAGACACGUGAGACCAAUUCAAAAUACGACAGUGAGGAAGUACCCGCUGACUCUGAAGCGGUGAGAAAUGACCAGCAGCAAGAUAAAAAUAUACCUGGAAAUGAUACAGAAAAGGUAGAGGAGGUGACUCGUGAAGGAAAAGGUAUGGUAGAAGAAGCUGUUGAUCAUAAGGAGGUAGAAACAACAGACAGGGAAAUUCUAGCAGAAGAUGAUCUACCAGAUAAGGAGAAAGAAGAACCUGAUGACCUGAACCAAGAACAAGUAAGAAGUGCAAAUUCCAAACAGGAAAAUGACCAACAGGAUAAUGCUGUGGAAGAAGCGUUGCUUGAGAAAACAUUUGAAAAAGAACUUGGUAAAAGAGUGGAAGAAAAACACCUUGCAGAAGAAAAAGAUAGUACUGUGAACAUAUCGAUUACAGAAGCAAUUCUUGAUCAAUCAGAGGAGAGCGUAGGUGUUGACAGAAGGUCCCUGAGAAAACGAACAGUAACUAUCAAAGCCGCCUCUGUAAGGAAAUCCAAACGACUCUGCAAACAAGAUCAAAGUGAAAAUGAUGGGCAAACAACUGUGUGGGCAAACAGUGAAGAUUCUGCACCUGUAGAGGCAACAGUAAUGGAGAUGGCUGAUGUGAAGUCACUUGCAGAAAAUGAAACCAUUGAUCAAGGAAAAAUUCAAGAAAUAGAGGAUACCAAUACUAUAGGUGGAGAAAUCUCCCAUAAAGAUGAGGACCAGGAAAAUGCAGAAGGGAAAGAAACUUAUGGAAAUGCAAAUAACAGCCAAGAAAGUACAGUGACAGAAGAUAUGAGUAAGCAGGCUCAGUUGAGUGAGUUUCCAAAUGUAGCAGAAGAAGAUACAGAUUGUAAGCUAGUGGUACAAGAUGAAGAGAAGGGUGAGGAGAACAGGGAAGAACAAUCAGCGACAGAGGAGAUAAUGGAGUCCGAAAACAAUGCAGGCAAAGCUGAUAAAGUAGCUGAUAAACCUAAAGAAUUUGAAAAUACUCAAGAGGAGCUAGAGCACAGUGAGAAGAAUGCUGAGGAAACGACUGAAGCCAGUGUAACUGUAGAUGAAAAUUUCACCUUGGAGCUGGAUGAAGAGAUUGACAGUAAUGACGCAGAGUGUAACCAGGUAGCUGAAGAGACCAAAGCUUCAUUUCAGGAAAGUGUAAAAGAAAUCACAGAUGCAGAACAAGUGCCUGGAAUGUUGACAAAACAGAUCCUUCGAGGCAGGAAAUCAGCAACAGCGUCACCUGAACAAAGAUCAACCAGGAGAAAGAGGAGAUUAUUGCAAGAUAGUCAGAGUGAAAUGGAAGAGAGGUCAGAGACAGAGGAGGUAAAAGAGGUGAUUGGAGAAGAGGAAAAGAAACCUCAACAAAAAAGAAAAGCCGUAGUUGAGCUAACACCUCGUAGAUCUAAACGGCUUGCAAGAGCAGAAAUACUGUAAUUUAAAAAAAAAAAAACAUCUUUAGUAGCACAGCAUUUGGUUAAUGGAACUAAAAAAAAAAGAAAAUAAUUUACUUUUUUUUAAAUGUAACAAAUGUUUUUUAAAUUACAAUUUUGAUAUGCAAAAUCUGGUCUACAUUUUUAUUACAUUUUGUAGCUUUAUCCCUUUUGUCAUUUUGAAUUGUAUUCAAUUCUUAACAUUCUGAUUACUCUGUUAAUUAAUAUUACUUUAAUAACUGUUACUCACAGACAGUAGACUUGUAAUAUGUCUAAAUUUCUACUUUAUUAUGCACUUCAAAGGGAUCUCUAUAUAACCAUAUUUUUCUAUAUCUUUUCAUGAAUGUGAAAUCACCAAUGGUGGCUCUGUAUAUUUGUGCUUAUGGAUAAUAGUCAGUUUCCACAGUGUGAUAGUUCUCUUUUCUGUAUUGUGUACAAAACUAUUUUGUAAGUGGAUUUUUUCCAUGUUCAGUAGUUUUGGAUUUGAAUAGUUGUUUUCAAGGUGUCUAUAUCUGCUCUUCUAUAGUUAUAGUAUAGAUAUGGCCAAAUCUGUAUCAAAACUAUAACAGUCUCAUGAUUCAUCUCGUUCAGUCAUCUCAUGAUUGGAACACAGUGAUUAGAAAUGUUCUCUCUUCAGUUCUGACUGUGAAAUAUACUGCAGACUCUUCGCUAGCACUUCUUCAGGAUCUUUGAGUAUGCACUUAGUUGUUACAGUUUUACAGCUGUGAAACACUUCUUUAAUCAUAUUACCAUAUUUUAUAUUUUGUCAUCUGGACUUUAUUUUUUUUUUCUUUUGACAUUGCAUCACUUUUCCUGCAUCACUGAGCAGUGCUAUUUUUGUUGUUUAUUUGUUUAUAUGUGCAUCUCAAUAUAUCUUUGUUUUUCUUGUUUUAAAUAAAGUGUGAGAAUUGUGGAUGGUUAA